AUGGCGGCGAGUGACGCGGAAACGGCCCAGCAACAAAUUGAUGAAAUUGAAGCCCUUUCAUCCAUAUAUGGUGAAGAUUGGUGUGUUGUUGACGAAGAUGAAAAAAUCUAUUGCAUUAAGAUUAAUGAUUGUCUGGAUCAACCAAAAUGGACCCUCUGUCUGCAGGUGAUUUUGCCGCCAGGAUAUCCAACUGCAGAGCCACCUAUUUAUCAACUAAAUGCCCCUUGGCUUCGAGGACAAGAUUAUAUGGAACUAGCAAAUAGCUUGGAAGAAAUAUACGUACAGAACCUUGGUGAAAGUAUACUUUAUUUAUGGGUGGAGAAGAUACGAGAAGUUCUCAUAGAAAAGGCACAGUCAUCAGAUCCAGAACCAGAUAUUAAGAAAACCAGUGAAGAAGUUGAUGAAGAUGAUGGAGAUUAUUUUCUCCUAGACCAUCAGCCAGUUCAGGAAGAUCCAAUUAAAAUGUUAAAUUUUAUUACAUCUGAAAGUCAAGAAGUAGAUGAAGAACUGCCAUCCAUACAUCAUGGAAACCCAAUCACAGAUCGAAGGAGUACUUUCCAGGCACAUCUGGCUCCUGUGGUGACACCCAGACAAGUAAAGAGGGUUCUUGAAAAAUUGUAUGAGAAUAAGAAAAUUGCAAGUGCUACCCACAAUAUAUAUGCAUACAGAAUAUACUGUGAAGAUAAGCAGACAUUCUUACAGGACUGUGAAGAUGAUGGGGAGACAGCAGCAGGUGGACGUCUUCUUCAUCUUAUGCAGAUUUUGAAUGUCCACAAUGUGUUAGUCGUGGUAUCCCGCUGGUAUGGAGGUAUUCUCUUAGGGCCAGAUCGUUUUAAACAUAUAAAUAAUUGUGCAAGAAAUGUACUUGUGGAAUACAACUAUGUACAUUCAGUGGAAGAAUCAUCUAAACAAGCAGGAAAAAGCAAAAAGAUAAGGAAGGACAACAAGAAGAGAACAGAACACUAAUUUAUUUUUUAAAACUGUGAAAGGUUAUUUUGCACAUAUUUGUACAAAGAAAACAUGGGCACUAUUGCCUUAUCCAAUACAACAGACAUUUUAUAUUCAAAAGAGAAUUCAGUAAAGCUAUAGAUAUAUUUU